AUAAAUCAAUAAGCCAUUCGCGAGAGAUGGACACUGAUUUUGCUAUACGAGGUGCGAUCGGAAAGUUUCAAGACUGUGUCAAUAGAGGGCGAACCGGAUGUAGUACGAGCUUCUGCCGCUAGUAAUCCUUAAAUAUCGGGAUUUAAUAUUCGCGUACAUCCUUCCAAGUGUUUGUCACGAGUUCUACUUCUUAAUUUGAUGUUCUUCAUCAAGCUGGACAUUUUCUCACAGCAGUAAUUAUUGUGAAAUAAAAAGUAAGCAAGUAAAGCAGUCCCACUACACUCCAUGUAGGCGCUUGAGGGGAGAGAAUGAAGCUUUGGCUAAAUUUCAACUUUCGACGUGCCUCAUCGGCGAAAGCCAAAUUAUUACUUACUUGAACCGCUGUUUUGUUCCAUUUAUUCUUCAUUAUAGUUCUUCUCGGACGAAAAAAUAAAUAAAUAAAUAAAAACACACUGGACAUGUCGGAAAUUUUCCCGGAUAAAUUUAACCAGCUAAUGGCAGAAUUUCUUAAUACGUAAGUAGCCAGAUUUAUGUAUUGCGCGCCAGUGUUUUCAAGACAGAUGUUUCGACUCUGACAGUCCGACUCGCAGGCAUGGAAUAUAUUGACGAAGUGUCCCAGUUGUGGAAAAAAAAAAUGUGGGGAUGAAACCUUGCCUUAACAAUGGCGAACCACCGUUGAUUGACGUAUGCAUUUUCCUGUCUCCAUCUUUGGUUGCCUGGAUAUUGAUGUAAAAUGUCGAUACGUCUUAAGUCAUUAUGUAGCAUCUGUAAGGCAGACGGGGGCUCCACUGCCAUUUAUUAUUGCAUGGUACGUGGACGUCGUUUUCGAGGGCGUCUGGUAGGCCUCUGGGCCGAGUCACGCGAACACUGCUUUCGACGGAAGCAGGGAAGGGACUCGAAGAAACAGCCAACCACCACAGGAGGCAUAUUAUAAUACCUUUGCCAGUGGAGUGCGCCGAUUCGAUCUUGCUUUCGUCACAGCUGUUACAUCGACAUAACCUUGAGUGGAAAGAACGAAUGCAUAGCGAGAGGAAUGUUGAGGAAACGAGUGAACCGGACGUGCAGUGGGCAGAAGGAACGACAACUUCAGAUGUUAGCAAGCAGUCCAAGGUGGAUGCCAGGGAGUUUCACAGUAGCCUCGUAGACAUAAGUCCAACUGAAGGUGGUAGUCCCAUUAGGGAAAAUGAGAAACGUUUUUCAACGUGGGGUCAUCCUUGCCCACUGAGUAGACGUGCUUCACAGGAUUGCCAAGCUCUUUUUGUUCGUUCAACAAGUGUUCCAAAUCUAGCCCAUAGAUGGCUGUGUUCACAAUGCCAGUUCCUGAAUGUGAGUGUAACCUCCAGGUGUGCGACGUGUGGCAAAGUUAAUUUUGAAGUGGACCAACAGCUAGGCAUUGGUAUUCCUGUCAGACAUGUUGUAGACAAUGACAAUGAGGCAAUGAUGGCCUCGUUUGUUGCCCCUGUAGGUCAUGGAAGUGAAAGACACGAUGAGAACUGGUUCAAUGGGAGGACAAAGUGCAGUUACCAUGGGCAACGUAGCACCAUGAUGGAGCAGAGCGUUUACUCUGAAUGUGAAUGUACCAAUCAGCAACGUGACAAGUGGAUGGAUGAGCACGCUCACGGUGCCUCCGUCUCUUUGGACGGAGGCUUGACGCCAAUAGAGAUUCCCAGUGGUGCCAGGCUGGUACAGAAUCUUAACUCGGUUAUCAUCCAAAAUGCUUCAGUGGGAGCAGUUUCAAACACUAAUGUCACUUCUCAAGACUGUUUUGCCUAUAAAACUAAUAGCAGUCAGGAUGCUUCACAGAACAGAUCACCUAAGCGCCAAAAUCCAUCAGUGUAUGAACGUGUGAAAUCAAAAGUUAGUAGAUCUCUUUCAAACGGCUCUGUUGUCCAGAAAUUAUGGUUAGAUACGACAUCCAAUUCUGUCAUUCCCAAAUCUUAUGUGAGUGGAAGUGUGUUUAGACGACCCACCAGCCUGAUAGUAGAUAAUGUUAGUGAUGAGAAAAGUAGCAGUGUCAGUAGUAGUAGUAGUAGUAGUAGCAAUGGAAGUUUACAAGGAUGCAAAAUUGGUGAUAACUUGGGAAGGGGUGGUGACGUUCAUAAGUAUAAAUUUCUUUCUUCACAAAGAUCGGCAUCCGGUUCAACAUGUUGGACGUGUCCUCGGUGUACUUUAGAGAAUGCUGGAGUCAGGGACCGUUGUGAGGUGUGCGAGACACCCAGAAAACCAAAUCUUCCCUUGGGUUCCGUCCUACGUUCAGGGACACUUCCUAAUACGUUGCCACGUAAUGGCAUUGUGAUCACUGUUCCUGACUGGGAGGAAAACAGGCCUGCAGAAGCUGUGAAAACUAAACCUGCAGUAUUACAAGAUCUCUCAACGCCUAAACCUCAUCAAGGCUUACAGCAAAGCAGUGGUGAUACUCUUGACCUUACAUUACCUGGUGACAGUGCUUGGCAGAGGCCAGUAUAUCGACGAUCCUUCUCAGAAAUGAAUUCUGUAUCAAAUGAGGUGGAACAUCCCAAGGUCUCGUCAAAUCGGAGAAGUAUGAUAGAAACAGAUACCCAGGGCAACGUUCCAGUAAGAUCUCCAGUGAAUCUCAAUCUACAGUUGGAACAACCGCAAUCUGGCAGCAGGUCUGGCACUAGAUAUUCUUAUAUUGGGAUCACUGAUCCUUCUACUCAGCAGAUAAGAACAUCUGUGGGUUUGUCUCAGAAAUCAGUUGCAAUAAAAAAUAGGUUGGUUCCCCCCUCAGUUUUGGAUAUGAUAGAUCUUACUAAAUCUAGUAAUGGGAACAUUAACUCAACUUCAGCUACAUCAUCCUCACCAGUCGCCAAUCAUAAUGCUCAGCUCUCUGCUUCUUCUUCAAAUGCCUCUUCUGAAACUUCAAAUUCUUCAAUUGAUCGCAUGUGGACUUGUACUAAAUGUUCGUACGCCUACAACCCUCUUUGGUCUGAUAGCUGUGAUAUAUGCAACUCCGUUCGUUCACCUCCUUCCCUUACAGAACCGAGCCUCAUCACGGUAACCAAAGAUAGUGUGAGAUAUACACCACCUAAGAGGGAUGAUUCUGAAGAAUCUGAAGGUGUUAAUAACAACGAUCCUCUGGCCUUGGUUCUUCCUGGUCCUACAGCUACCUUAGCCACACUGGAGCAGGAUCUAGAUGAUGACUUCCAAUUCCUGCCAGGUGAUGGAUCAAGCUCUCCUGGCACAACAUGUGAACAGGAAUGGACCUGUAAGAAGUGCACAUUAGUUAAUUCUGGCACUGCCAUGGCAUGUGUUGUCUGUGGGGGUUCUAAACUUCGUAGCAUCACAAUGGUUGAAGACAUGACCCUGCGUAAAGGAGAAUUCUGGUCUUGUGUUCAGUGCACCUUAAAAAAUCCUCUUAAUACUCAAUCCUGUAUGGCCUGCAAGACAACAAAAAAACUUUUGGAAGUUCCCAAAUCCAGCAGUGGUGGCAGCGGCUCAAGGAGUCCAUCUCCAAGACAGUCUUCGUCUCGACUAAGCAGCGGCAGAGUCGGAGGUGGUGGUGGUGGUGCUAUUCCGAAACAGAGAGUUGGUGGGAGCAGAAGAGGAGCUACUCCCAGCGGUGCAUCCAGGAGUAAUGGUGUAGCUAGUCGCAGUGGCCAUCACAGGUCCAGCAACAUCACCAGGGACUUGAAUGCCGAUCAUACCUUGAUUCCUGCAUCGUCAACAGGUGGCAGGAGUCCGCGGGGUGCAGAGCAGCAAUCCGUAAUACCAUUGGUGUCAUGGCACUGUGUGUUGUGCACAUAUGAGAACUGCACAGCUUCAGUGUCAUGUGAGAUGUGUCAGAGUUCACGUUGCCUCUCAUCAUCUGUAAUGGUUCUCACCAAUGGUAGGAUCUCAGCCACUCCAUCACCAGGUGCCUCCUCAGGGCCAACCAUUGGCAGUUCGAGCAGUGCCGCCGCUGUGCUCAAGCAGGAGAGUGAGCUCAUGGAGGAUCUGAGGCACAUUGAGGAACAGGAUGCUCUGGAGAAGUGGGAGCGCAUUGUCCAGUAUUGCAGAGAGAACAAAGAACCAUUUGUAGAUGAUUCAUUCCCACCAGCACCAAAAUCAUUAUACUACAAUCCAACUGAAACGAAGGAUGACCACGUUGUUCAGUGGCUUCGUCCGCACGAAAUUGUGAUGGAAGGAGACUCAAAACUGAAGUGGGCCGUGUUCCGUACGCCUUUACCUUCAGACAUUUCGCAAGGUGUGCUCGGUAACUGUUGGCUGCUGAGCGCACUCGCGGUGUUGGCAGAACGAGAAGAUCUGGUGAAGAAAGUUAUGGUGAUGCGAGAGUUCUGCCAUCAAGGAGCAUACCAGGUGCGUCUGUGCAAGGAUGGCAAGUGGACAACAGUGCUUGUUGAUGACCUCCUCCCAUGUGACAAACGUGGCCAUCUAGUCUACUCUCAGGCCAAAAGAAAACAGUUGUGGGUUCCACUUAUUGAGAAAGCAGUAGCAAAAAUUCACGGCUGUUACGAGGCGUUAGUAUCUGGGAGGGCCAUUGAGGGGCUAGCAACAUUAACAGGUGCGCCAUGUGAGAGUGUGCCCCUACAACAGUCAUCACUUCCAUCAGAAGAUGAGCUGGACAAAGAUCUAAUCUGGGCUCAGCUUUUGAGUUCCCGCUUGGCCCGUUUCCUUAUGGGUGCGUCCUGUGGUGGCGGUAACAUGAAGGUAGAUGAAGAUGAGUACCAGCGUAAAGGUCUCAGGCCGAGGCAUGCCUAUUCUGUUCUGGAUGUUCGGGACAUGCGCGGGAAUAGGCUUCUGCGAUUACGUAACCCAUGGGGUCACUACUCCUGGAAAGGUGACUGGUCAGAUGACUCACCUAUUUGGACACCGCAGCUCAGGGAGAUCUUAAUGCCACAUGGUGCAUCAGAUGGUGUCUUCUGGAUCUCGUUUGAAGAUGUCCUGAAGUAUUUUGACUGCAUUGACAUCUGUAAGGUGCGGUCGGGUUGGAACGAGGUGCGUUUGCGUGGAACACUGCCCCCUCUCUCAUCUCUAGAUCACUUAUCUUGUGUUCUGCUCACCGUUCUUGAACCCACUGAGGCGGAGUUCACACUCUUCCAGGAGGGACAAAGGAACUCUGAGAAAUCACAGAGGUCGCAGCUGGAUCUUUGUGUGGUUGUUUUCCGCACCAGAUCCCCUGCGUCUCCUGAGGUGGGACGACUUGUGGAACACAGCAAGCGUCAGGUGCGGGGCUUUGUGGGUUGCCACAAGAUGCUGGAGCGUGAUCUCUACAUUCUCGUUUGUCUUGCGUUCAACCACUGGCACACAGGAAUGGAUGAUCCAGCUAGCUACCCCGAGUAUGUGUUGGCGAUACACAGCUCUAAACGUCUUCUCGUAGAGCAGAUUUCCCCGCCUGCGUACGUGCUGGCUGAUGCCAUCAUCAGUCUCACACUUGCCAAGGGCCAGCGCCAUGAGGGCCGUGAAGGGAUGACUGCAUAUUAUCUGACAAAGGGUUGGGCUGGACUCGUUGUCAUGGUGGAGAACCGUCAUGAGAACAAGUGGAUCCAUGUCAAGUGCGACUGUCAAGAGAGCUACAAUGUAGUUUCAACUCGUGGGGAGCUACGCACCGUUGACUCAGUGCCUCCUUUGCACAGGCAAGUUAUUAUCGUGCUUACCCAACUGGAGGGGAGUGGGGGCUUCUCGAUCGCCCACCGCCUCACACAUAGACUAGCCAAUACUAGUGGUCUUCAUGAUUGGGGACCACCCAACACAAGUCAUUGCCCCCCGAUAGAUCGACAAGUAGAGGGGCUACAUUCUCCACGGCUCAUCACGUAGCACAAGCCAUUGCCACGGAAAACAUUGAUCUCAUCGGCCAGUUCCAGCAGACCGAAGAGACUUUACUCUCCACUGCAAGAAGGGCUCAUCUGAAAGUUGUAAUUUGUUAUUUAAUAAUAUAUAAUUAUUGUGUGACAAAAACUUUAAAAAGUAUUUUAGUUUUGGGGGUAUCUUAAUAUCUUCUUAUGUAACAAACAGGUAGGUAAUAAAUUUGCUACUUUGCGGUGAAAAGGGGGGGGGGGCCUGUUAUCGAAUGCAAGAAUUUUUUCAUGGUCCUUGUCCUCAUUUCGUGUAAGUAGCUGUAUUAUGAAGAUGUUGGGGAAACAGAUUUUUUCAGUGUAUUCUGUAUGUAGUGUUCUAUAGACUUUUAAUAUAUUCCUGUAAUCUGUGAACUUAUUAUUAACAACAGUCUGUAGACAUCAGUGAUAUAGCUACUGCCAUUUGAUAUGAUAAACAGUAUGAGAAAUAUCUUGUUUAAUACAAAUAUCAGAAAGCAAUGAAUAUUUAUGGAUAUUUAAUUGGUUUUAUUUAUAGCUGGUGACCAUAGUGUAUAUAUUGAAAAUACUGAUUUCCCAACAGUUGUUUAUACUAAGCUAAUAGACUGUACAGUCUAUCUCAAAAAAACUCAAUUCACUUUGUGAACAGUGGUACAGUCAUAAUGUGUGUGAUGAGAUGAUUAUAAUAAUUGUAUUGUGUGCUCAAAGUCAUACAUAGGUUGAUUGCCUUUUUUUUUUUACGUGAUAUAUUUGUGUAAUACGAUACGCAUAGUUAAGUCAUAAUUAAAGUGAACUGUUUUUUAUAAGUAGAUAUGUCAAGAGAAGAAUUGUGUAAUAGUUUACUCAAAUUGCUAUGCUUAAAAUGAAUGAGUUACAUUUGAAUAAUUAAAAUUAGUUUCCAUCAGUUUUAAGUCCAAAAUUGUUAGCGGUUAUCAGUGGCACAGAUAAAUGUGCUGAAUGUUGCUCAGAACACGUCUUAACUCAAACCUACAAGGUGCAUAUAAUAUAAAUAUACUGUUAAUGUAGGAUUUUAGAUUUUCAUAGCAGUCUGAAGAUGGCUGUCUUCUGGGUUGUAGUGCCAUGUAGUUUGGUAGAAGUUUACCGACGUUUCAGAGGUCCUUGCUGCCUCCAUCAUCAGGGCAUGUGGAAUUGAUUUGAGAUACAGGAAACUGCCAGUCACGGCAGAAUCUCUGCCUGACCAGUGGGGAGUGGAGUCAGGAUAUGGCAAAGGGCAUGUUACACAGCCUGGCCAUCAGGAGGGAAGGACAUGAAAGAGGUCUGAGAAAGGGGCCCUUCAUGCACUGAAUUAUUUCAUGGCUUUCAGUAAUUUCAGACACAUUAAUACCUUCCAAUGGGCUAUGACUGCUUCCUUCCAAAUUAUGUAGACAUCAUUGCUACAUAACCUCACAAUUGUGCGGUAUUGCUAAAGAACCUACGAGUAAUGAUGAGAGUGGUGUUGGAAGAAUUUGGGUAUGUCAGUGGGCCUUUACUGUAGCAAGGAAUGGUUGUUUAUUUGACUAACCAAAUUUAUUUCAUCUUGUUAUGUUUCUUAUUAGGUCUAGUUGAGAGCCAUAAACCAUUGUGCAGUACAUGUUCCGUUAAUUGGUUUCAUGUUGGUGGAGUAUUGCAUAUUGCAGUAAUAACCAGCUUGGCUGUGUCUGCCAUAGGCCUACAUGGAAUUAGCUGGGAAGUGAAUUUGGGGUCCACUAAGAAGCCGUGAUAUUGCAAGGUUUAGGUUAGGUUUGAAUUUUGAAUUUUGAAUUUUUAGAUAUACUGUACAGUGUUGCAAUAGAGUCCAAUUUAGUAGCACGGUUAUUGAAUGAAUGAAAUGUGCGCAUGCACGUUAGAGCAACUCAUCACACACACCUUUGAUUUACUGUGUACUGUACACAUACACAUCACCAACUGAAUUUCUGUGAUGUCUCUCCAAAGAUAUGAAAGGAAUAAGUGCACGUGCUCAUUAAUUUGUAAUAUGGUAUUUUUAAGAAUUUAAUUAGCAUUUUUAAGUGUUCAGUUCAAUUCAUAUUCGUAACUCACUAUUAUAAUGAUGGAACAGUAAUUUUUUUUAUGAUGUAACACGUGAUCGCAUUAAAGGAAUUGAUCAGUUAAAACUGAAUGUAUUUUAUAUGGGUAGUUGUGCUCAAAUAUUAAGAUACAGUCAUUUAAAACAAGAUAUUUAACUAUUUACAUUAUUUUUUUAUUUUGUUAACAAUUUUCACAUUUAUUUAUUUCUUUUCUCUUUAAUUGUGUGUGUGAUUAUGACAGCAAUUUUAUGAUGCCAAUAAUAACUUUUACGUAAUGGAAUAUAAUAUCUUUUUGGUGAUCCUUUGCAGCUUGACAGGUGCACAAAGCAUAAUAAUUGGUUCUGUUACUAAAUCAAUGGAUGUCUCCCAUUCCAGCUGAAAUUGUUUUCUUUGGUAUUGUGAGGAUUAAAUAGUAAUAUCAUGAAAAUUACAAGCCACGUGGAUUAAACAACUGACGACGAUCUUAAAGGAGACCUAGUGCAAUUGUGCCGAGAGGUCAACAAGUAGCCUAACGUUUUGGCUGCUAGAUAAUGAUGAUGAUUAUUAUCACAAAUUUUGUGAUGUAACUUAACACAUGGCAUAAUAGUUAUUAAUAUUUUUUGUUCAUAUGUUUACAGCUCUCAGAUUCCUGUGAAUAGAUUUUAUGUCUGUGUGUUUUAACAUGGUAAUCUCUUCUUCUUCUUCUAUGGCUCUCCGGUCUGCAUUCGGUCCAUGGCCUCCUCAAUUCUCCUCUUCCAUUCGGUCCUCUGUUUGGUCCGU